AUGGAAAAAUUCAGAGAAGCUUUGAGCAGGUUAUUUUUUCCUGAGCUUAAAAGAUCUAUGGAGAUGGUUCAAGAAUUAAAGCAUGGUGUUAGUGAAGAUUUCUUCUUUUAUGAAUAUAUGUCUAGUAGUGAUGAGAGUUCUGACAGUGAUGGGUAUGAUACCAUUACACAUGGAGGAACGAGUAAUGAUGAUGACGGAUCUUCUAAUAACGAUGUAGAGAAUAACAAUAAUAACAAUGAACGUGAUGAUAAUGAUGAUAAUAAUAAUCAUAACAACAAUAAGAAUGAAAAAAAUAGUAAUGAUGAUAAGGAUGAGGUUGACGAUGAUGAUCAGGAUGAGGAUGAGGAUGAGGAUGAGGACGAGGAUGCGGACGGUCAAGAUUGUGAUGACAAUGACCAUGAAGAAGAUCAAGAACCAAAAAAUAAGAAGCAGAAGUUGGAGAAGGAAAAGGAGAUAGAGGAGGAGAAGGUGGAUGAGGAUGAUAAGGGAAAGCAAACAUAA